AUAGAAGUGCCCUCUUAUCACGCCUACAAUACAGGCUUUCAAUUAGCUCGUUUUCAUGAUUUUGUAGGAGAAGCAAGGCGUGACAUUCAUACAUUUAAUCAUCUUUAUUAUCGUAGACGCCAACUCCAUGUGAGCCUUUUGCGUUUCUCAUGGGGGGUGUCUUUCCAUAGCUUUCUUGCUCUUUUCCUGUUCACUUAAGCACAGAUCACACAUCUCUCUUUCUCUCUGCUUGAUUCUGAUAUUAUUUGCAUGUAUAAUACAUCUCUGCAAAGAAAAAAAAAUUGAGAACAGUUGAUUAUGAAAAGCGGGGAUUAUUUUGAUGGUAUGCUUAGUGAUAAUGCUGGAGGAAAAGCUAUUAAGUUGAGAGUACAAAAGAGUACCUCGGGUAGGCUUGUGACAGUGCUCACUUGUCUCCAGUUCACCUUUGCAGUUUACGCAACGCUCCUCUUGUAUCACAUGAGCCCUUCUUUGGAUUCGAAGGCAAGUCCGGACUUUUCAUGGGCUACGCGAAUUGCACACCAAUGGAAACACUUGAUCGUCCAGCCACACGUAGUGAGUCGAUACCAGCAGGCUUUGAAGCAAACGACGGUGUGUGAGAAUGAGAAUAUUGAUUUUGUGCAGAAGAGGUCUAAUGAUGAGGUGAUGAUUAGAAUGAGGAGGGAACUUUAUGAGGAAGUGCUUGAUUAUCAGAGCAAGUCUUUUGGCAGGGAGACGCUUACUGAGCUGAUGGCAAUGAAGUCCAAGUGGGAUUUAAAAGGUUCGAACAUUCCUAAAGUGACUGUAAUUUUGAAUCAUUUCAGAAGAAGAACACUUUGUGCUCAGCUCGAGUCUUUGCUUCAUCAAACACUACCCUUUCACCACGUCUGGGUACUUUCAUUUGGGAGUCCGAAAGAAGUUAUCUUAAAGAGAAUCGUGGAGAGCUACAAUGAUUCCAGAAUAAGUUUCAUCAGCUCAAGCUAUGAUUUCAAGUAUUAUGGAAGGUUCCAAAUGGCCUUGCAGACCGAAGCUGACCUUGUAUACAUUCUUGACGACGACAUGAUCCCAGGUACAAAAAUGAUACAGAUAUUAUCACAUGUUGCAGGGACAGAGAAGUAUAAGAACUCAGUACUGGGAAGCAUUGGGAGGCUUUUGCCUUUUCGACAGAAAGACUUUAGCUUUCCUAGUUACAGAAAGUUUCGAUCAAAAGAGGCUGGUCUUUAUUUGCCUGACCCUGCUUAUAAUAUCACAGUUGAAAAGAUGGUGCAGGUUGAUUUUCUUUCUAGCUCUUGGUUUCUUUCAGCAGACCUUGUCAAAACACUUUUCACUGAAACACCCAUCACUUUCAUGACCGGUGAAGAUCUUCACCUAAGCUAUCAGCUUCAGAAGUACAGAAAUGCUGGUUCAUUUGUUUUACCUGUUGAUCCAAAAGACAAAGAAACCUGGGGUGACAGUGAACAUAGGCUUGCUUAUGUAUCCGAAACCACAGUCAUUUUUAAAGAUAUAGUUGAAGUCCGCGAUGAUCAAUGGUGGAGGGCCCUCUCCAGUGGUUAUGUAACACAGUGGGCUGCAAUGUAUCCUCAAAGAAGUGAUGCACUUUUUUAUGCCCAUUCUGUUGAGGAAGCUAAAGCUCUUGCGCAGCUUUUUAUUAAGUUCAGGUCCACUAUUGGCAAGAAGGCAUACAUUGCUAUCUCUGGAGGAAAAUUUUGCGCUUGUGAAGAUGCUGCCUCUGCCUUAAGUUGGUCCAAGGAAGUCUGUAAAGAAAGAAGAUUUAAGAUCUUUGAUUUGGGAAUUGACACCAUUCUAGGAAUUUCAAACUCAGAAGUGCCUGUGGUACAAGCAGUUUAUGCUAGUAUGAAAGGACUGAUCAAAAUUCAUAACCCAAGUGUAGUGAUCGCAGUGAGUGAUAUUGAUCUGAAUGUGUUGAAAGCAUUGAAAAUGGCUACUGAGACUAAUUCAAAGUCAACACUGAUUUUGCUACCAAGGCCUUCUGUGUCAAAGGUUACUUGGAUUGCUGAUUUACGCGCUACAGCAUUGUCAAAAUGGAACUGUAUGCGGAUAUCAAUAAACAUCAUCACGCAGGAUCGUGCUCAUUCAUUGGCAAGACUACUGAAGUCUCUCAGCACUGCUUAUUAUCUUGAUGAUGAAAUCCCUAUCAGUUUUAACAUGGAUAACAAAGUAGACGAGGCCACCCUAAAACUUGUGCAAUCUUUUAAGUGGCCGCAUGGUCCUAAAAUCCUCAGGAGAAGAAUCGUCCAAGGAGGACUCAUCCGCGCAGUAAGUGAAAGUUGGUACCCCUCCUCAGAUAAUGACUUUGGCCUCCUCCUUGAAGAUGAUAUUGAAGUCUCACCAUACUACUACUUAUGGAUCAAAUACGCACUUCUGACCUACCAUUACGAUCCACAAGCACCUCUCCCAGAGCUCUCAUCCAUCUCUCUUUACACCCCCCGUUUAAUAGAAGUAGUAAAAGAGAGGCCUAGAUGGAAUGGAACCGAAUACUUCAAGCACAUUCAUCCAAACACGCCUUAUCUCCAUCAAUUACCCUGUAGUUGGGGCGCAGUCUUCUUCCCAAAACAAUGGAGAGAAUUCUAUGUAUACAUGAACAUGAGAUUCACCGCGGAUGCCAAGAAAAACCCAGUGCAAAUACCAAAGUCAAGAACAAAUGGUUGGCAAGCUUCAUGGAAAAAGUUCUUAAUAGACAUGAUGUACCUCAGAGGGUAUGUGAGUCUGUAUCCAAAUUUUCCGAACCAAACCAGCUUUUCGACCAACCAUAUGGAACCCGGGGCACAUAUUAAUGCAAAAGACAAUGUACUUGAUCACAGCAAAAGUGAUUAUGAAGUGCCAUUGUUACAAGAUCAUUUCAUCAACUAUUUGCCAGAUGGUAAGUUGCCACCAGCUUCAAAGUUGCCAUCACUCAGCCUUUUUAACCAGGCAGUUUCGCUCAGAGGACUCAAGGCCGCAGGGGCAAAGCUCAGACAGGAUGUGCUUCAAUGCAAUAUUACACAAACAGUCAUUGUUGAUCAUCAAACAGGCCUACCUUCACAUUGUGCAGUCAUCUGAUGUCAAGCAUCUGGUGGUUACUAACUUCACAUUGUACAAGAUUCUGAAUUACAUUCAUUUUUACUUUUCCAAUCUGUACAUUGAUGCUACCUACUUUAAUAUAUACAACCACUGAUGAACGAUU